AUGACGAAGUUGUUCUUUUUGUUUGAUACUGGGAGUUCUGAUGAUCUUAGAAAGAUGUACAAACAGCUAAUCCAGAAAAAUCGAGUGACGCUGGUAGAGAAUGGCGACUUUCGGUACUUCCGUGAUCACUUAAUCCAAGCCGACCUUUUGAGCUACAUCGAAGUUGAACACAUAGAAGCGGAAAAAACAAGGCCCGGAAGAAUUUCGAAAUUUUUGGACAUUCUUUAUCGGAAACCAGAGAAGGUGAUUGAGCAAUGCUGUGAAGUGAUUCGCGAAGCUGACCAUGUUCUGUAUGGUCAAUUCAAGUGGCCACGCCCACCACGUCCCGUCUCCGAUAUAGUGGAUGGUCUUGGAACACCUGGCAAUCAAGAAACAAGAACCCCAGAUCAACCCCUGGUGAUAAUUCAGAAGGAGUUGGAGGACUGGUAUCUCCACACGCUCUCCAGGUUACAUCCCAUACCCUGGUGUGAAUGGCUAGAGCUCGACCUUGACCACGUUUAUACCAACUUAAAAGUCAUACCAGCCCGCAAACAUCGGUUUGGUGCAAUGACGGAUCAAACUGUGCCGAAAGAAUCAGACCCCACAUGUGAUGAAACUUCUGUAAAGGUUAGACCACAAGAUAACAGUUCCUUGACAAGAUUAACUUUGGAAGGUUCUGUAUUUACGGAACGUCAUGAAGCCAUACCCACUCCCCAUGGCAGAAGUGUAACUUUCGUAGAAGGACCGGCUGGGAUCGGAAAGAGUACCCUCUGCAGGAGGCUGGCCUACCUGUGGGCUACAAACAACCAUUGCAUUCAUGGACGCCAUUUUCAUCUAGUGUUUAUUCUUGAAGCUCGUACAUUGAUUGGUGACCUCAAACAUUCUAUUGCUGAACAGCUGUUCUCGGAGGAUUUCGGUCUGGACAAGAACAGCAUUUAUAACUGCAUCAAAGAAAAGGAAGACAGCAGCCUCGUCAUUUUGGAUGGUGUUGAUGAGCUAACGAAAGAGGGCAAAGACACGGUGCUGAAACUCCUAAAAGGUACACUUCUUCGUCAUGCGCAUAUUUUCCUUACAGGACGACCGGAAGCGGCCCGAGAAUUCAUCAAAUACGCUAACAUACAUUUGGCGCUCAAAGGUUUCACACAUGAAAACGUAGAAUCUUACAUCUGUAAAUAUUUUGAACAGGAAACAUUUCAGUCGGGAUGCAGAGAUAAACUCCUCAACAGGAUAAGAAAUGAUUUCCAGCUCCAGCAACUGGUUGUUAAUCCAUUUACCACGUUGUUGCUUUGCUUACUUGUACAGGACAGGGAUGGGGAAAUUCCGUCCAACUUUAAUGACAUCCUUCAGCAAGUGAUUAUGUCAAUGUGUGAACAUUAUGUAAGCAAAAUGGAGGACAAGUGUAAGGUGAGUGAAGAUGAACUGUUUUUGGCGGCUGGAGAGAUAGCUUACAACGGAUUCAAGGCGGGAAAGUUAGUUUUUCUGGAAACAGAAGUAAAGAAGUCUUGCACCAGUGGCUUAGGUGAACAUUUACUGAAGUCCGGUCUGCUGAACAGAGAUUUCACUCUAUCCAGACUCCAUGCGUCUGGCUACUGCUACUUCCCUCACAAGUCAAUUCAGGAAUACCUCUGUGCCUGGUACCUCGCUGAGCUCAAUGAGGAAGGCUUACGACUGAACAUGGUGCCGCUAACCUUAGACUACCGCCUUGAUAUUAACAUGUACAGACUUCUGCUGAACAUGCUGGCGCAAAGCGUGUCGAAAUUUAGAAUAGUGGUGAAAAGUCUGUGUACAAAGGUGGAAAGAGCAAGGUCAAACAGUUCCACGACUACCGUCGAGUCCUUGAGAUGGACUCUUCUUCUUCUGGCCGGUAUUGACACCAACAUCAAUGUUGUUGAUUUAGCGGCCAACAUCAUCAGCGGAAGUGAUCGGUUAAAUAGGGCAUUUUGCUACGGGUCAUUUUACAAAUACUGGACUGGACGACUGGAGGAAUGCGCCAGACUCGUCGUGCAGAAGAUGGUGUUGAGACCCGUGGCAGUGGUGGUGCAUGAUCGUCGACUCGCCAGGGGCAUUGGCGAACGUUGUGGACGCGAUGUGUGCCACUUUCUGAAAAGGGACAGUCAAUUAGAACUGACGACAGCCGUCCAGUUCCCGCAUUUCCGGGAGUUACUCGUGUCUAGUGCAGCCACAGGUUGUCUCCUGGAGAGUGCGCAGAUGUUAUCCUGGCCCUGUGUUUAUUGCAAGUCUGUGAAGGCGGCCAUUGCUGUUCUUGACAUGAAGACGCUGACUGCGCAUGUGCUCAGUGUAACGUUACUCCCUGGUGCCUUUACGCUGCCGGAAGUGAAUAGUCUUGUAAGACAGUUAACGACAGCGCAGAUGAAACUUAGCGUUCUAAUUAUCAUGCCGGAACAAACUCAUGAUGACGCUUUCUACCUUAAGGUUUAUAAUCUUCUCAGUUCCUGUCGAUCUGAAUUGGUGCAGGUUAAGUUUUGCUUGAAAAAGCCAUACAGUUCUGUUGUGUCUCCUAUAGACAGGAGCUAUUCAACAUCAGUACGGCAUGAACUGGACAUGCUAUAUGUCUUCUCAACAUCAGUCCAUCAGUUGUAUUACGAUACAGCCUGCCCAUUUUGAGUGUUACACAUUUCAAUGCCUCUUGUGUAUUUAUAAAUAUGUGGCCGAUCCCACACAGCCAGUUUUCAAAGUUUGAAAAGCAGUUCACGUGCUUCUUUUGGUACCGCUGGAAUUAAAAUUGUAAACUUCAAAGGUAUGUUGCUUGAAAGUAAGUCAGUUAUAAUUUUAUCUACCAAGACCGUAGCUAAUGGUUACGUUUUAACUAUCUGUAUGUAAGCAG